AUGCGAUCAUCGGCCCUCUUAAUUACCGCAGCCUCGCUUCUGGGCCCGGCGUCUGCGGCGCUGUCGCUGCGCGGCGCGGAUAUUUCGUCCUUGAUCGUGGAGGAGGACGCUGGUGUGUCAUAUAAGAAUCUAGCUGGCACGACGCAGAAGCUCGAGGUGAUCCUGGCAGAUGCGGGUAUCAAUUCAGUGCGGCAGCGCGUCUGGGUGAAUCCGACCAACGGCUACUAUGAUCUCGAUUAUAAUGUGGAGCUGGCAACACGCGUGCAGGCACAGGGCAUGACAACCUACCUGGACCUGCAUCUCAGUGAUACGUGGGCGGACCCGAGUGACCAGACGACGCCGUCUGGCUGGUCGACCACAGACCUCGGCACGCUGAAGUGGCAGCUGUACAACUACACGAAAGAGGUCUGCAACACAUUUGCGGAAGCCGGAUUGACGGUGGACAUUGUAUCGAUCGGCAAUGAGAUCCGGGCCGGACUGCUGUGGCCGUUGGGCGAGACGAGCAGCUACUACAACAUCGGCGAGCUGCUGCACUCCGGGGCGUGGGGCGUGAAGGAUUCGGACCUGGCGACGACGCCGAAGAUCAUGAUCCACCUGGACAAUGGGUGGUCGUGGUCGGAGCAGGAGUACUUCUACAACACGGUGCUGAACAGCGGGUCGGAAUUUGUGUCGUCGGACUUUGACUAUAUCGGCGUGUCGUAUUAUCCUUUCUACAGCUCGAGCGCGACGCUGGCCUCGCUGAAGACCAGCUUGACGAACCUGUACUCGACCUACGGCAAGGACCUCGUGGUUGUCGAAACGGACUGGCCGACCUCGUGCCCGAACCCGGCAUACACCUUCCCGUCGGAUCUGAAGAGCAUCCCCUUCUCAGUCGCCGGUCAGCAGACUUUCCUGAAGGACCUGGCCGCGGUGGUGGAGGCUGUCACGGGCGGCUUGGGUAUCUACUACUGGGAGCCGGCGUGGGUGGACAACGCGGGCUUGGGCAGUAGCUGUGCGGAUAACCUGCUAUUCAGCUACUCGAAUGACCAAGAGCGGGCGAGUUUGGCGACCCUGGGUACCCUCUAG